CUUCCGCACAACAGGUCAGCUGAUUGACACGGCACGCGGAAACUGUAAAGUCAAUUGGAAAGCGCCAGUAGAUCUCAAAAGUAGCCGGGCUACAUCCACAAAACACCACAAUGUAUUAAUGUUGACAGCAGCGGGUUCCUUACGUGAACAGGACUUUGGAUAUUAACUCAGAUAGCGUAUCUUAAAAAACACCGUCACCGAGCUCGAGCUGUCAGCCUCAGGAGAAAGUUAUGGCACAUAACGAGUCGUUGGUCGCUUUGAAUGGGACUCAAAUUUCCUACAUCGGACAUGACUGCAAGGACAUUCCAGACUUCCUUGGAGACACAUAUGGCCAGUUUGCAAGAAGGCUGGAUCUAAGCUUCAAUCAGCUCAGGUCACUGGCGGGCCUCAAAAUGUUCAGUGAUCUGGAAGAGCUGGUCGUUGACAACAAUCUGCUUGGAAACGACCUCCGGUUGCCCAGGUUACCCAACCUCCACACCCUAACACUCAAUAAGAACCACCUGACUGAUAUCGAGGCUCUGCUGGAACACUUGGCUGAUGUGACCCCGUCACUGGAGUACCUAAGCCUGCUGGGAAAUGAGGCCUGCCCCAACCAGCUGGUCAGCCCGGAUAAGGAUGAGGAUGACUACCAGAGAUACAGGUACUUUGUUCUGCACAAGUUGCCCCAGCUGAAGUUUCUGGACACGAGGAAAGUGACCAAAAAAGAAGUGAUGGAGGCGCAGGCAAGAGGAGCAUUCAUGAAAGUGGUCAAACCCAAGUCAGAAGCACCAACAAAUGAGGCUGGAUCUGAGAGUCACCCACUGCCCUACACUCCUCUACCCCAAGGAUCCAGAGAUGCCAAGAACCACAAAGGAGUAUUCGCCAAGUGUCGCUACAUCUACUAUGGCAAGCACUCAGAAGGCAACAGAUUCAUCCGAAACGACCAACUCUGAUGGACAGCUGGUCAGGCACAAAGAGGGACAUGGGUGACAAGGAAUGUUAACAGAACGAAAGAGGAUCAAAUCAAUCUCUCUUCAUUAAAAGCACUUGUGAUAUUUGAGUCACCUAAUCUCCAACUGGAAAAUAUUCAAACUUCAUCAAAAGAUUUUGUUAUGUAAGGGGAAUGUUGUUUUUUAAGGUCGUAUCCUAGCCCCAUAGUUACGGCCUCCUUUGCUGAGCUGGGUCUGCUUUUGCCUCCCUGCUUCCAGCUCAGAGUCAGAGAUGGCACUCCCACUGACAUGAUUACCUCUAAGCAUCAGCAACCGCACAACUCCAGACACACACACACAACACACACACACACACACAAGGACAGUCUCUUUCUCUUUCUUUUAGCCAAUUGCAUCCUUUUCUUUGACAGCCAUGAUGGAUCACCCAUCCACUACUGCCACUAAUCAAGGGUGAAAGGGGUGACGGUCACACACCUGGGGCCUGACAUGGACUCAUCUCUCUCAUUCUCUCUUUUACACACACACACACACACACACACACACACACACACAUAUAACUGCUGUUUAAAACAUAAGACAUUGCAAAGAGUUUGACAGAACAAGGUUUAUACAGCCUGGUUAAACAUCCCUAAGCUUUUUAGUCCAAACUUGAUCCAUGAUCAGUGUAUCUUGUUGUCUGUUAGCUGAGCAAUGAUUCGGUCCGUUUCUGUUUCAAGUCUGUAUAUGUUAGCACAUGUGUAAAGAUUUAUCAAAUGCAGCUUUUAAUGUCAAAAACAUUCCAAUACCAGCUUUAAUAAAGGACAGAGUUGUAACCAA